UUAGCGUCACCCCAAAUACUUCCUCUUUCAUUGUGGUUAAGUGAUACUAAACUGAUGACGCCCAGACAAGACGGUAUAAGAGUUGUGAAAACAGCCCGCUCGUAAUAACUGAAAUAACCGAAGCACAUCAGCACGCCAACACAUAUCAGCACCAGAAAAGUUUUGAAGAUGCCAACCAUAAUGUCAUCUUCAACUGAAAUAAAGAACAUGAACAAGGAGGAUAAACCAGUCAAUUCCAGGAGACUAGACAAGUGGCGGUUUUGUCGCCCGUUGACAGACAAAUUGAACCCUAGUGAGUCCCUGCUGUGGUCCCAGUCACUGGAAAACCUCCUUAGAUCCAAAUAUGGCAUGGCAACAUUCCACACCUUCCUCAAAUCUGAGUUCAGCGAUGAGAACAUUGAAUUUUGGCUGGUUUGCGAAGACUUCAAAAAAAUCAGAAGUUCGUCCAGACUAUGCUCAAGGGCCAAGAAGAUAUUUGAGCAUUACAUCACGGCAGAAGCUCCCAAAGAGAUAAACAUCGACCACAUCACGAGAGAGCUUAUCAAGCAGAACGUCCAAGCUCCCACUAGAGUGUGUUUCGAUGAAGCUCAGAGGAUUGUCUACGGUCUUAUGGAGAGGGAUUCCUAUCCCAGGUUUCUUCGCUCGGACAUGUACAGAUCACUUCUGGAAUCAGUCUCACAUAGGAUUAAGGUCUGAAAACAUCUUGAAUGAGGGACUUUAGGACUCCAAACACAUCUGUGGGACCGAUGACCGUGAAGUAAUCAGGCUUUGUUGAGAUGCAGGCCUGGACUCGGGCUGCACCGGACAUUGUGAUCCACAUAAAAGCUUGAAUAAGCUAUUGUUUAUAUGUACUGUAUUACACUGUUCGAUUGUUCUGCGUGGCUGUGGGAUAUACAAAGACAAAUGAGCUUUCUGUACAGCUCACCUGUGAUGAACCAUUGAAAUGUGCCGCAAACACAGGAACACCAUAUGGACGUUAUUUCAUUUUAUUACUUUGAAGAGUGUCAAAUCUGAUUAGCAUGAGAUGCCUUGGGAAUAAUACUAAUGACAUUUUAAUAUUAACUCAUAACUCAAUGAGCAACAACAAUUUCGUGUGACAUGAAAUGAUCUGUAAACAUAUAACACAGAGCAAAUGUAAAUCCCACAGUUUUUGUGUCCAGUGGGGAACUUAUAGGGAUAUUCUCACAAUAAUAUGUAGAACACUCCUAGAAAUUUCAGCUUUUCUAUGAUUUGGAUAUUAUUUCAGGAGGUCAGCAGGUAAAAGAGUGUGGCUUGUGUUCUAUGGAUGCAUCAAAAUGCCACUGAUUUCUAAAUGACAAAUUAGUGUGAGACAUGUGAAUUCCAGGUUGUCUGGAUGUUCAUUUUUAAGAGCCGUUUAAUAACUUAAUAAACACAACUGCAAAGAGGAAGUCAUUUCUUUUUGUUGCUGUUUUAAAUUUGGGGAGGCCUAAAGAUGCAUUUGGAAGCCAAGAUUAAAGGUGCGACUGGCACUGCAUUAGAUAAAGAACAUAUUGAGCCAAGUGACAUUUAUUUUAAAGGAAGAAA